UGGCGCGUGGACUGUAGGCGAUGCUCGAUCCUUCACACAGGCUGUCUGAGAUAAAUAUACAUAUAGGCAUAGCGAGAAGGGAAAGUUCAUUCAUUUCUCGGAGGUGAUUUUAGUUAGUAAAAAAAAAAAAAAAAAAAAAAAAAAAAAAAGAAUGAAUGAUACUGUAAAUAAAAAGUAGAAUAAAAUAAUAACUGUGAAAGAGACUUGAAAAUGCGUUUCUGAGAUAUUUGACAUAAGGGUAACUAUUACUGGAUAAUCAAGCUUUUAAUUUAUAUGGAAUACGACAUUAGAAACCCUCAGAUAUUGUUUAAACCACCGGUGAAUCUCUUUGCAAGCUUAUGUACUGUAAAAGUGAUGUGAUAGGAAGACAAUUGCAAAGCGACCAUUGCAAACGAAAAGACUCCCGGCGGUGGUACUCUGCCUCUCAACGCUGUCUUAUAUCUCCAGAUUUGAGGCUUAUGAUGGAGAACUCUGGAACCUGCUACGUCUUCAUCUGCUCUCUCGCCUGCUUGGUCGGAGGCUUCGCACCCAGCAUCGACAUUCCCGAGACCACGACGGAACCGCCGCCAACCACGCCCGACCCGGCCACUCUGCCGUACUUCCUCCACCAUCUCAACACCACCAACGUCACCAUCAUCCACGGGAAAACCGCCACCUUGGACUGCCAGGUCUUCAGGCUUCGCGACCGAACGGUGUCGUGGGUGAGAAGGCGUGGCGACGAUAUUCACCUGCUUACCUUUGGCUCUACCACCUACCACAACAAUGACAGGUACACCCUAGAGUUUGUGGAACCGAAUAACUGGCAGCUUGUUAUCAAGGCCGCGGAGGAGACAGACCAGGGCCAUUAUGAGUGUCAAGUGUCCUCCCAUCCGCCUAAGAUUCGCCGGGUUUACCUUUUCGUCUAUGUGCCCCGUCUGGAGAUCUUCGAUGCCCGAGGAGAGGCUAUUCAGGAGAAAUUCUACGAGGUGGGGUCGGGCAUAGAUCUCCGGUGUACCGCCUUCCACGUACCCAGGGAUAGUGUGGUGUGGUCCCGUGAUGGAGCAAGGAUCUAUCACACACCAGAUGCCGGAAUAAGCAUCGAGAGCAACCUCGGGCCUUCGGGAAUAGUAUCCUGGCUCCGCGUGAAGGCCGCCGCCGUCACAGACUCCGGCAACUACAGCUGCAGUGCUCCUGAAGCUGAAACUGCCACCGUCCGCAUACAGGUCCUGGAUGGAGAGAGCUCAGCGGCCAUGCAGCACUCGACCAACACAGCAUCCAUGCCAAGUCGCCACCUGUCAGCUUCUAUCCUCGCCCUCCUUCUCCUGCUCAGCGUGUCCUGCUACUGUCGUGGCACUCCCUGUGGCACCGUUUGCUGUUGAAGGCGUUAAGGUCAUACUUCUAGGCUACUACGUGGGAGGUUGACCUUUCUGUCCCUAGCUUUAGUGAGACGAGUUCAUCACCCCUUUCGCUGGCUAUUUCCUUGGUCCGGUGUGUUUAGGAGUUUGGUUUCAAUGAGCCGUUUUACAAACCGUCGUUGUGUUACGUAUGAUCUGUAUAUCUUUAGCAAAUCAGCGUGGAUAUGGAUAUAAAAACAUCUGCAAUGGAGAGCACAUGCUAUUUACAUAUUUUCAUUAAGAUGUUAAGAUUUGUGUAUGUUGAAUGAAGCUGUUGGUAUAGGAGAAUGACAAUGUCAAAGUGGGAUAAAGAUUAUGUCAGCAGUAUGGACCCUUUUGUGUCUAUUGUUCUCUGGCAUGACGAGUGUUAUAUAUUGUAAUAUAUUAGUCUAAGCUGUAGCUAAGAAGAGUAGUUAAUUUUUUACUGAGUCAAGAAAUUAUACGCAUCGUUACGAGAUACAUUUUGUUCAAUGGUUUAGAUAUGUGGCGGAACAGAAUAUGUAACCGAAUAGUUUUUAUGUAAAGUGAAUGUAAAUUCCAUGAGAUUAAUUCAUCUCUCACUCGUAUUAUCAUAGUAUUUGUGUUAACAAAAUAAUGACAUAAACCUGUUCUGUCGGAAUAUGGUAAAC